UUGGUGGUCCUGACAGCAAAUGUCUGCCGCUCUGUAGUUGUCUUAUUUAUAAAGUGUAACCUAUUAAUUUUGUUUAAUAUUUAGUAAGCAGUUAUUCGUAUAACGAUUGAACUAUUACGAAAAUCACUCGCUUUUUUAAAUAAUAUUUAAACGCCUAGCGCAUUCGUUGUAUUUGUGCAAUGGAUGAAUAUGAGGAAUCUUCGGACGUUGAGAUGGUGCCUAUUGAGGAAAUAGAUAAAAUCAGAACAACUACUUCAACAACAGAAUUGCGGACUCAAAUGCAAACAUUAGACAGCCACUAUCAAAAAUCCACAAAUACAUUUACAACGGGUAUAGAUAUAUUCAGUAAAGAGGAAAAAUUGAAGAUGGAAGAACGAGCGAAGCGUUUUGGCUUAUUGGAGACAGUCCAAAAAUUGCCGAAUCGAGAAGAGAAUUUAUAUAGCAGCAUGGGUAUCACGGAUGAUAGUGAGAAUGCAAAAAAUACCAGAUUAAAUGUAAUCCAUAUGAGAGGAACUGAAGAAAUGAGUACCAAAGAUGUGUUUAAAUAUUUCCAAGAUUAUGCUCCAAUGUCUAUUGAAUGGAUUAAUGAUGUUUCGUGCAAUGUAGUCUGGUUCGACAAUUUAUCGGCAGCCAGAGCUAUGCUAGCAUUAUCCAAAAAAAUUGUAGGUAAUGUGGCAAAAAGUUCAGAUCGAGAGAACGAUUCCGAAAAUAGGAAAGACUGUGAAGUGAUAGUACAUGAAAAAAAUGAAUCUGUUGAUAUAGAUAAGGAUACAAAGAAAGAGAAUUGCAUAAACAUUAAAGACAUUGAUUAUCCAUUACCUCCAGGUAUAUGGAGGAAAGGAGCAGAUUAUCCAAAAUCUAAAGGAAUUUUUCUAAGAUUUGCUACUAGGAUGGAUAAAAAGUCUGCCAAUGCAGAAAAGAAGAGCGAAUACUACAAAAAGUAUGGAAAUCCCAACUUUGGAGGUGUUAAAGGAAUUCUAACAGAGUCCCGUAAACGUAUGUACAAGCAGAUCCAACAAAAUAAACAUAUAUUAUCAAGAGAAGAUGAAGAUCAAAAUCAAACGAAAAAUCCGUGGGGCGCAUUAUCCGAGACAUGGGGAUUGAAUGACAUUGUGGAGGAAGACUUUCUUCCAAAGAACGGCAUUAAAGAUCAAGUACGUGGUAUAAAGGAGAGAUUGGGUAUCAAAUGCAGAGAUAAAGAUGUAAUACAAACGGAAGACUUGAGAGAGACUAGUUCUGGUAGCGAUAGUGACGAAAAUUGGUGUAAGCGGAGUAAAAUUCCCCGUAUGCGAAUGCAUGCCGACGAUGAGGAGGAAAAAUUACAAAAACGACGAGCGAAGCUUCGAUAUCAAAUGGUUCUCAACAAUUUAAAUAACAGUGGUGAUUUACGAUCGAAAUUAAGGAGACCAAAAACGAAAACGCAGUUUCGUGAUCCCAUUCAAGUAGUAGUUACAAACACAAAUCUAGCGAAAUCAAAACAUGAUAAUUCAGGGGUAAUCCAGCAAAAUUACCAGAAAGAGACACAAUUAUCAGAAAAAGAAGAAGGAGAAUGGCAGGAAUCGGAAGAUGAAGAUAAUCAGGUAGAAGAAGGCAAGAAAGAGCAAAAUUAUGGACAGUAUGCAUUGAUGGAAGAAGAAGAGAGAGGAGAAGAAGAGGAGGAGGAGGAAGAAGGUGAACAUAAGGAAGAUGAAGAGGAUAGUGAUGGAGAUAGCAAUGUACUUGCAAAAGAGGUUCAGGGUCCUAAAGGAAGCGUGAUAAAAGUAGUUCCACCCAAGCCACGCAUUGCUUCCACUGUAUGGGCAAGAUUAAAUCACACAAAAAGCGACACGAGUGAUAGCUAUUUGAAAAACAGACGAUCAAGCAACCGCGACUUGAGAAAUACCUUGAAAAGCGGCGAUUUGCGAUCACGUAUCGGAAAUCAUACCAGAGGACGUUCUCCAUUAAGAAUAGAAGUAAAAAAUGAUAAAUAUACAGAAGACAAUAGUGGCACGGAGUGAUUCUUGUAUGAACUUAUUGUUUAAAAAUUUGAAACUUGUGUAAAGAGUGCUCAUUAUCUUAGUGCAUUGUUUUAAGAUCUUAUACUUUUUCGUAACAUUUGGUUACAAAUAACAUACAGACAUGUUUAUUCAAGUAUAUACAAUUUAUGCAUUUUCGAUUAUAAUAGAUUUUAUUAAGGAAGUUUUUUAUGCAAAUGCAUGAUAGAGAGAGCAGAGAAAAGAUAUCAAUAUAUUUAAAACUCUCAUUUUAUGCUGUAUAAUCAAUCUUCCAAUAAUAAUAAUCAUUAUUAUUUCUACAUUUUUUUAUCAUUGAGAUAAUGAAUGCUUUUAAUGAUAGUUCAUGUAAAUUUGACAAAUCAUGUAUCUAUAUAUUGAUGUACAUUUCUUCGGAUAAAAAAAAAAGAUAACUAAGUAUUUUGAUUAAGUCAUUCGUGCAAUUAUAAAAGAAAUAAUGAGAUAAUUUUUUGAAAAUAUCUCUUUCAAUAUAUGUUAUCUCGAAGCGUAAAAAAAUGUACUUUUUAUAGAAGUUAGCCAGAAGAAAAUGAAUAACAAUAAUUUUAUAGCUUUCUGAAAUAAUCUCAAGAUAUCUUAAAGAUAAUCUCAAUAAUCUGAAAAUAUGAUCGAUAAUAUACUCGAUAUCACUGUGAAAAAAGAAAUAAAUAAUACUUAUGAUUGAGCUAUAUUCGCUGUUUUGUAAAAUAUAUUCUUGUCAUUAAAUCACAUUAAUAUGAUCAGAAUUAUGACUUCUGUAAAACUAUCAUAUCAAGAGUGUACGC